UGACCAUACGCACGACCGAGCGCCAGAUAGACUGCGAAUCCUGACUCCCCCGCCCACGGCUAAAAGCAAUGCGCGCCCGAACUUCUGUCUACGGACCGGCCCGCCUUCCCAGGAAAGGCAAGAAAUUCUUGCACCAAACAAGCAACAUCGUGCAGGACGUUGUAGGUAUGAAAGCAGCGUGAUGCCUAGCAGGCAGUCGGAAAUCAGGGGGGACGUCGUCGUGUAACACUUGUUUAUUCUAGGAACCGCAAGCUUAUUGAACCCCGGUAGUGAUGGCCCAGAAGGAUGCCUCGAAGUCUCUCAACCACUAAAAAUUGGGCUCGAUGGGUGAGUGCAUGUUGUCAGAUGUACCUGCUACCCGGAGCUGGGGGAGAGAUUAGGCGUCUAUGUCACGCACGGAUAACGUACAAUGCCGCAGGGCAUUAUUUGAAUGCGAAAGAAAUGCUCGCAGAGACCGGGGAUUCAGCACAGAACCUAGAGCUUCUCUACUGCUCUGCGCAGCGCUUUGUUACGAAAAUUCCCGGAGGCGCUUAGGCACACAGUGUUCCAUCAGCCCGUGCACGGCAUCGGCUCGUGCACGCUUUUUAGCAAAACCAACACUCACACAACAAAAUCCUAUAUUAAUUUACUCAAC